CGGUCUUGGCACUUGACUCUUUCUCACAACACAGCGUGAGGUGCUGUUCUCUUUGUUUGGCAUUGUGCAUUUUAGUUUCACUUGAGAGAGUUUACUGAAUCAAACAACAAUGGUUGCUGGAAUGCUGAUGCCCCUGCAUGACCUGAGGGCCAUCUACGAGAUCCUGUUUCGAGAUGGUGUCAUGGUGGCUAAGAAGGAUAAGAGGCCGCAGAUCAAACACCCAGAAGUACAAAGUGUAAGCAACCUACAAGUAAUUCGUGCCAUGGGGUCUCUUAAGUCCAGGGGCUAUGUAAAGGAAACAUUUGCUUGGAAACAUUUCUACUGGUACCUGACCAAUGAUGGCAUUGUUUACCUGCGUGACUACCUCCACCUGCCCACUGAAAUUGUUCCUGCCACCCUGCAAAGGAUUAGGAAGCCGGCCGCCACUCUGGCCAUUGCUCACCGAGCUGCACGGGUCCAAUCUGUAGAAGGUCCAACAUCUUAUGUUCCUAAGCCGGGACGCAGGGCUGAAGCAGAAAGAAGAGAGGAACUAGCAGAGCGCCAAGGCUACCGCCAUAAGAUGGUGGGUUCUGGAGAAAGAGAGAAUAACCCCGAUAGGACCCCGAGGUUCAGGGGUCGCCCAUUGGCUGGAGAACCGGAAGACCAGCAGCUUCAGAAGUGA